AUGCCCUUGCCCGGAUCCGGCUCAACAGAAGUUGAAGAUACGGUCGCGGAACCUUCACCCAAUGACAUCAAGGAACUGGCCCGCCUUCUUGCCGACCCGACCAUCGUCAACUGGCUGGAACAACGGGCCGACGCACUCAACGGAGAGGGUACACCGGAGAACCAGUCCUUCAGGGACAUUGCGGCACAAGGGCUCGAGGCCGUCCAGGCAAGGGUGCGGCAGGUCGGUGUCGCCCUGACACUGUUGCCACAGGCACCGUCGAUCAUUUCCAGCACAUGGCAACAGGAACUCUCACCGCGGGAACAGUUGAACCUUGUUGUUCUGUUGAUCAUUUUCGUUUUUGUCGGUGCAGGACUUGAGUGGCUCUACUGGCGCUACGCCGGAUUUGUCCGGCGACGCAUCGAGCUGCAUCAAUCAACCACCUAUCUUGAAAAAACCCGCUCGGCGCUCACUCGCCUUGCACUGGUGUCGGGCGGUGCCUUCUGUUUUUCCCUGGGCACGAUCGGCACGUUCGUCAUUUUCGAAUGGCCGCAAAACUCCUAUGACUUUGUUCUGGAACUGCUGAUUUCGCUUGUCAUCAUACGGGCCAUUGCGGCAAUUGCGCUGUUCGCGCUUGCACCGCGCGUCGAAGCGCUCAGACUGGUGCCACUCUCCCGGCAGGAUGCGCGGCUUCUCUAUCUCGGGGUCAUGGUGACAUCCGCCGUCAUGCUGUUUGGUGGCAGUCUCGCAGAAACCAUAGUGCUUCUGGGACAGAAUGAGGCUGCAGGCCUGGCCAUUGACAUAUCGGCCGCGGCCGCAACGACAGUCCUGGUCAUCCUGCUGUUGUGGCUGUUAUACGCGCGCAGCGAACCUCAGCGCCGUUUCAUUCUGAUGCCGGUCCUUGGCUCCUUUGUGGUGCUGAUGCUCUUCAUACUCUGGCUGAUUGGUGCCUACAGCCUGGCAGGCACUCUGGCCGUCAUUGCCCUGCUUGUGCCGAUCGAGCGCAUUCUGAGGCGGACGAUCGAGCAUGCUUUCAAGGCAAACAGGCCCGAUCCGGUAUCGGACGAGCCGGAUGGAGACAGCGACGUGGAAGAGGAGGCGGAUCACGGGAUCUAUCUUCCCGUUGCCAUUCGCCUUGGCAGGUUCGUCGUCGUCGUCACUGCUGUUGUGUCAAUCGGACUGUUUUGGGGUGUGCAGCCAUGGAACCUGUCAGCCGUGAAUUCGACGCCAGCUCAGAUCGUCCGAAUCCUGGUUGACGUCAUGGUGGCAUUUCUGAUCGGCGACCUCAUCUGGACGGCUACAAAGACGGCAAUUGACCGGCGUAUGGCGGCGAUGCCGAAACUUCAGCCCGGUGUGGCGCCAGGGCCGGAGGCGCGCAUGGCGACGCUGCUGCCGCUGAUCAAGAAAGUCGUGCUGGUCACGAUUCUGGUCAUGGUCGCGCUGAUCGGGCUUUCAUCGAUGGGCAUCAACAUUACUCCGUUGCUGGCCGGCGCGGGCGUGGUCGGACUGGCGAUCGGUUUUGGUGCCCAAGCCCUGGUUCGCGAUAUCGUCUCGGGCGUCUUCUUCCUGAUCGACGAUGCCUUUCGGGUCGGCGAAUAUAUUGAAAUGGGUGAUUUGCGCGGCACCGUGGAAUCCAUGUCCAUUCGCUCCCUGCAAGUCCGGCACCACCGGGGUGCAGUGCACACCAUCCCGUUCGGCGAACUGAAGUCGCUCACCAAUUACAGCCGCGACUGGGUCAUGAUGAAACUGGAAUUCCGGGUGCCUUUCGACACCGAUCUCAAACUCGCCAAAAAGAUCGUUAAACGCAUUGAUGCCGAAUUGCAGGACAACCCGGAAUACGGGAAGAAUUUCCUGCAGCCGCUCAAGUUUCAAGGGGUCCGGCGGAUGGAGGAAUUCAACAUGGUCGUCGGCGUAAAAUUCAUGACCAAACCGGGUGAGCAAUGGACCAUCAGGCGCGAUGCCUAUCAACGCAUUCGGGAUGAAUUCGAAAAGGCGGGCAUCAAUUUCGCACAACGAAACGUCAAGGUUGAAGUCAUCGGCGCAGAGGACAUGAGCGAGGAAACAAAGGAACAAGCCGCCUCUGCAGCAAUGGACGCCAUUGAACAACAGGUUGACGGACCAACCGGGUCAUAA